GGCCGGAGGCUUGAAUGAAGCCUGUAGCGUAGUUGUAGGGAGUGAGUGAGUGAAUAUCACAGAGGGCGGCUGGUUGGCGGUGAUUUUGUGACAUAUGUUCAGUAACAAUCAGUUUCACACGUACACUACCGGAAUCCAGUCAACAUGUCGCGAUUUUUCACGUAUAUCGCGACCGCGGUGCUUUGUUUUAGCCUAGUUAAUACUAAUAAUGCUCUUAAAUUUUAUCAGGAAAAGAACUAUCAUGAAGCCCAAGAAUUGACAGACCAGGACAUUAAAAACAUAGCCGCCAUGUCUGACAUGACACAUUUUAGAACAGUCCUUGACCAAAUCAUGAUCCCUAGAGUGGUUGCAACCCCCAACCAUGGCAAAGUUAACAAGCUCAUCAAGAAAGAGAUGACUGCUCUAGGUUGGAAUGUGACAGAAGAUGCAUUUGAUGAUCAUACGCCAGUUUUCGGCACAUUGCGGUUUAAGAACAUAAUUGCCACAUUGAAUCCAAAUGCGGACAGAUAUUUGGUGCUGGCAUGUCAUUAUGACAGUAAAUAUACUAGAGAACAUGUGUUUAUUGGUGCCACAGAUUCCGCAGUACCAUGUGCCAUGAUGAUAAACUUAGCCAAAGUGAUGGGCCCGAAGCUAGAGAAGCUAAAGCGGGCCAACCUGAGCCUCAUGUUCAUAUUCUUUGACGGAGAGGAGGCCUUCCGGCAGUGGGGACCCACAGACUCCAUCUAUGGCGCUCGGCAUUUGGCCAAGCUGUGGCACGGAAUGUCCUAUAAGGAUGGUGCUAAUCAUUUGCAGAGGAUGGACGUCCUAGUGCUCCUAGACCUCCUAGGCGCCCCAGACCCAGUGUUCUACAGCUACUUCCAGUCUACAGAGAAGUGGUACGUGAGGCUGGCGAGCGCAGAACAGCGGCUGGCUGAGCUGGACCAGCUCGGAGGCUACACUAAGGGCAGGGCGGAGCAGACGUACUUCAGGCUGUCGAGCUCGAGGUCUUUUGUGGAAGAUGAUCAUAUCCCGUUCUUGAGGAGAAACGUGGACUGUCUCCACAUAAUCCCGUCGCCGUUCCCGGACGUGUGGCACACGGCCGGCGAUGACGCGACCGCGCUGGAUUACAACACCAUCGAGAACCUCAACAAGAUCAUGCGAGUGUUUGUGGCAGAGUACCUUCACACGCAGGCCUAGCGGCACAACCGAUGGCGGCUUUGGAGGGCUGUAGUUAAUUAACCUUUUCGACGCUGAGUCAAACACAAAAACUGCCACUCAGACGCCACGCCACCGAAGUGUCAAAACUGAAAUUGAGCUUUAUGCAUAUGCACGUAGGUCUAUGUUGCUCUGUGGUAUGUGAUCGAUUAAUCAGUCUUUGGCGUUAGACCUGCGGCGCGGAUAUAUCGGUCAUUGGCGUCCAAAAGGUUAAUCCUUUAUGAUAUUUAUGAUGCUUCCUUUGACGGUGUUCGAUGGAAUUGUACUUUAAAAAGAACAUUAUAUUUGAACCAGGCAAAAAUAUUUCAAAAAGAAAAGAAACCCUUACAUGUACCAGUUUCCGAAAUUAGACAUACAAAUCUCAAAGUAUCGUGACGGACUGUCUCCACAUAAUCCCGUCGCCGUUCCCCGACGUGUGGCACACGGCCGGCGACGACGCGACCGCGCUGGAUUACAACACCAUCGAGAACCUCAACAAGAUCAUGCGAGUGUUUGUGGCCGAGUACCUUCACACGCAGGCCUAGCGGCACAACCGAUGGUGGCUUUGGAGGGCUGUAGUCACUUAACCUUUUCGACGCUGAGUCAAACACAAAAACUGUCACUCAGACGCCACGCCACCGAAGUGUCAAAACUGAAAUAGAGCUUUAUGCAUAUGCACGUAGGUCUAUGUUGCUCUGUGGUAUGUGACCGAUUAAUCAGUCUUUGGCGUUAGACCUGCGGCGCGGAUAUAUCGGUCAUUGGCGUCCAAAAGGUUAAUUCUUUAUGAUAUUUAUGAUGCUUCCUUUGACGGUGUUCGAUGGAAUUGUACUUUAAAAAGAACAUUAUUUUUGAACCAGGCAAAAAUAUUUCAAAAAGAAAAGAAGCCCUUACAUGUACCAGUUUCCGAAAUUAGACAUACAAAUCUCAAAUAUCGUGACAGACAGGUGACAACCAAAACUCACUAGUUGCAAAUAAAAAAUAAGCUAAAA